CGCAAGUGCUGGAGGCGCUGAAGACGGAGUGGGGGGCGUUCCCAGCAGCGGCGUCAUGGACAUCAGGCGCCAUGUGUGACUCGCUCGUGGGCGUGCUCUGUGACGAGCACGGCCAAUACAUUCAGAGCCUGGUGCUGGACUCACAGAACCUCACAGGGUCUAUCCCAGGGGCCAUCACAAACCUCAUCGCGCUGCAAGUGCUAUCCCUCAGAGACAACCAGCUCAACGGCGGCAUUCCCUUCUUCAUCAACGCCCUCGCUGCUCUCACCGAACUGGAUCUGGGGAGCAACAGGUUAACGGGGGGCUUACCUCUUGGACUGUCCGUUCUCACCUUGCUUCAGAAGCUGCAUGUGGGGGACAACAAAUUGGAGGGGUGGAUACCAGCAGAUUUGAAUGCUCUCUCUUCCUUGACCAGCAUGGAUUUGAGUGACAACCAGCUUUCAGGGCCCAUACCUGCGGAAUUCUCGUCCCUGUCCGGGCUUCUUGAACUGCGGGUGGAUAACAACUUGCUGUCGGAGAGCCUGCCUUCAGAGCUGAGCAAGCUGAUAUCUCUAUCCGUGCUCUCGAUGUCCAAUAACAUGUUCUCCGACUCCCUGCCUCAGGCGUACAGCUCGCUGGUCGGCCUGCGGUACCUAGCCCUUGACAAUAACCGCUUCACAGGCCCUCUACCCGACUCGUGGAGUCAGCUCACCCUGCUGGAAGAACUCUUUGCGUCGCGCAACCAACUGACUGGCGUUAUCCCUAUGUCGUGGGUUGCUUUAAAAUCUCUCCGCCUCCUGGACCUGUCUUACAACGCACUGUUUGGCCUCAUUCCUGAUGUGCCGCCUACUUCAGAGCUCACGUAUUUUCUGCUGAACGACAACAAGCUCAACUCGUUUCCGACAAUCCAAGCGCCUAAGAUUGUCGCCAUAUCCCUGGCCAACAACCCAAUACACGGCGGCUUUCCUUCCUCCUACGACAGCCUUCCCAACCUCCAGAACCUCAACAUCAGUGGAACCGUGAUGUCAGCCUCCGAGAUCCCAAUUUUAACUACUUUCGCGUCACUCAGAGUGCUGGACAUGUCAGAAAACGGGCUGAGCGAUGUCUUCCCAUUAUUACCUCCAAAACUGGUGUACCUUGAUGCUUCGGGAAAUAAUCUGGUGGGAAACAUUCCCGAUUUACCUCAAACACUGCAACACCUGGACAUUGGCGGGAAUGUGCUGUUGAAUACCUUACCGCCCUCCAUCACCACCCUCCGGGGAUUCACCUUCCUGGCAUUGGACAACUGCUCUUUCAGUAACAAUGACUUGCUACUCCUCUCCACCAUCACCCCACUCCGCCACCUGUCAUUGAGUGGCAACCCCAUCACAUUGAUACCCACUCAGCUCAGCGUGCUCACUGCCCUCACCGCACUGCAUGCAUGCAACACUAAAAUGACUGGUGGCUUUCCUAUUCGCCCCAUUUCUUCUUUUUCUAGACUUGUGAAACUGAGUCUUUGUAGCAACAGUCUGGGCCCCAGUCUUCCCGACCAGCUGUCGAAAUUGUUUGCACUGACCAGCCUGAACCUGGCCAACAACAACUUUAAAGGGAGUCUUCCCGCUUCCUUACUCUUCAUGUCUUCCCUUCAAGAACUCAACCUGAAUGACAAUGGCUAUGUCGGUAUCACCUCACAAGCCAUUCCACCCAAUGUUGGCCAGCUCAAGGCUCUCAACUUGGGCAACAACAAACUCACAGGGGUUCCGUCCAUCCUUUCCGCCUUUGCUGCCUCCUUGCAAUAUUUGGAUGUGAGUGGCAACAGCAUCACCGCAUACCCUGAUUUCGUCACCUCACUCACAGUCUUGCGCCACUUGGACCUGAGUCGCAAUGGCCUCUCAGGCGUCUUCCCUAUGACCUACGCUGCCCUCACAUCGCUCCAGCACCU